GGACAGGGUGUUGAUGGCAACGUCGUGCAUGGGAGGCGACGCCAUGAGCUUUGUCAUCUCGCUGCAAAAAGAGGCGGGAUGCAGCUCUAUGGUCGAAUAUUUGCAGCAAAUGCGUAUUGAGGAUUUCCUUAAAGCGCUAUGGCACAUUGCUGACGGCAAUGGCGCAUGGAACAGCAGGAACCAGCUCCGAUACCAAUUCCCAGUGUCUCAACCUAACACAGUCCUCAUGUCUAGAGCAAGUGGAACUGUGACGAGCGCAGGAACCGGCACCAGUACCUCAAGCGGCAGCGCCGACAGUUCUGCACUGGUCAUAGUCCCAAAUGAAGGAACAUCAGCCCAAAAUGUCGCAGUCCUUACUGACGUAGAAGACAGCGGUCCCGUAGUGCACAAGAGGGCAGCCACUCUGCCGUCCAAGUACGACGGGAAGGGGGACAUCACCUCUUGGAUUAGCUCCAUGUGCUCAUACUUCGAGGUACUGCGAACMCCGCAGGAAGACCGAAGCAUGAUCAUGGGCACAAAUACUGAGCCCGCCGUACGGAGUUUCAUAGAACUCCAAGCUGUUACUGCAGGUUAUGAGAGAAUUGACCUGACUGAGUGGCUGAAAGUAACUCCUGUACGUACUCUUGAGGACCUCCUCAUCGCGCAAUAUCAAGAUAAGCACGUUGCGCUGAAGGCAAGGCUAAAGCUUGAGGCCCUCAAGGGUCAAACGUGGAGGACUUCCAUGCAAGCUUUGGAGCAGCACGUGACUGGUCUGUUCACCACUCCAAACUUGGGAUGGACUGACGUGUCCUGCAUGGAUGUAGUUAUGGGAGUGGCCCCUAAAGAAUAUGUCUCCCGGCUAGGACUCAAAGCCCAUACGACUUGGCGAGAGCUACCGAUGGAUCUAGUCAAUCUAGAAGCCAAGGACCUCGCCAGGCGUGCAAAGGCACCCGCUGCAGGUAGAAAACCUCGCAAUGCAAGCGAACUGUUAUCGUCUGCAGGGAAACAGGCAAAGGGCGUAGAAGAGUCAUCAACACUCUCUACAACAGGGGAGGCUGAACCGUCAGUUGCAGGUCCCUCCAAGGAGCCUGAAUCUGAUCAACAGCCUGCUCUUGAAGCCCGGACCGACGCUGAAUCCAAGGUUGUUGCAGUUCAAGUACUUUACAUCGAGCCUUGGGAGGAGACUAAGGAAGUUGACUUCCACUCUCACGUGGAACAUUGGCUGCAGCUCAAGCAGCAACGCCGUGUUCAAGGGAGUGUGGAACUGACCUUCUUUAAGUUGCUCAUGAACUGCCGAUACAUCCGUGUGCUGAUUGAUAGUGGCUCAACGACUAACUUCUUUUCUCCUAACGGGAUUCGUGAGGCGGGCCUUGGAAUGAAGCAAGUGGAAUUGCAGAACCCUUGUCAGACCCACGUGGGCAACCAAGAGGUUGUCACCUCAACACAUGUUGUCAAAGGUGUGCGCAUCACUUUUGACAAGGAUCGCACUGUCACACAUGAGCAGAACUUUUAUGUCUUGGACAAGUGUCCUUUCGACGUGGUCAUUGGCUUGGGCUGGUUAAGGGCGGUGCGCAAGGAAGCUGUUAUCGCAGCAAUGAACAAGCGUCAGCAUGCCAUGAUCAAACAUGCUAACAAGUCGCGCAAAGAAGCGAACUUCAAACUAGGGAGUUAUGUCUGGGUCAAAAUGUCUGAGUUUUCUGAUGAAGAGGGCGUAUCACGAAAGCUUCUUCCAUUGUACUAUGGCCCUUGGCAGGUUCUUAAGGAGGAGCAGGCGACGAAGAGGAAGUUGGAGGAGGAGAUGGAAAGAUUGAAUCUGGAGGAGGAAGAGAAAAUGACAGCAGUAGAAGAGAAAGAGAUAGAAGAAGAAAAUGAGGAGGUUCCCCUGAUCAGAAGGAGCCCUAGGGAUAAAGGGGAAUCCAGUGGCAUGAAGAGGGAGGAGUCGUGGUUAGAGAAGAAGGUUUCUGAGUGGGUGGCGAAUUUGUCCCUGGGGGAAGAAGAAGAAGCGAUGUUGUAUGUUCCCCCGGAGGAGAAGGAAGCGGUUAUAAGGGAGUUGGAGGCAGAAGAAGAUCCCUUGAGACGCCAGACAAUAGAGGAGGAGAAGAAGCUACAGUGGAAGCUAUGUCUUACGAGGGCGAAGAAGAGAAGGAUGGACGAGGCAAGUAAAAUGGCGAAGGAGUUGGAGGUGAUAAAGGAGCAGAGAGAGCAGAUUCAGGCGCAAACAACGAGAAGAGAAGAAAGGGAGAGAGAAGGUGUGUUGUUUGAGAGUGUGAGGAGGGGCAAGAGGAGUGUCCGUCCAAACGUAAGGAGUGAGCGGACCCCUCUUGAGAGAUCUACUGACACCCCUUCCUCCGGCAUGGCAAACAUCACAUCUGCCCAAUGGCAGGCCAUGCUGGAUGCAGCAGAUGAGAGCGAGAGACCGUUCUUCCAGAAACAGUAUGAUGAUGCAAUACAGAGAGAAAGGGAGGCAGAGGCAGCAGCUAGAGCUGCCAACAUUGCUGAUCAGGUGGCUCUCCUUCGGAUCCCGGAAGCCAAUGCUGACCGGUUCCAGGAGGGACUAGCUGCUGCUGUAGCAGCCUUGGUUCGGCUGCGGACCUUGGAAAACCUUCAGUCCCGUGUAGCAGCGCUAAAGCAGCAGAACCAAGAGCUGCAGGUUGAGAUAACCAGCCUCAAACAGUCUCAACUGUUUGCCCCCCGCCCUCCUAACCCUCGAUCUGCUGUAAUCCCAGUCUCUCAGUCCAACACAGUCCUUGUGCCAAGGGCCAGUGGAACUGUGGCAAGCGCAGGAACCGGUGCCAGCUCCUCGAGCGGCAACGCCGGCAGUUCUGCGCUGGUCACAGUCCCCAAUACAGGGACAUCAGCCCAAAACGCCACAGUCUUUACUGGCGUUCAGUACAGCGGUCCCAUGGUGGACAAGAGGGCGGCCACGCUGCCGUCCAAGUACGAUGGGAAAGCAGACGUUACCUCUUGGAUUAGCUCCAUGAGGUCAUACUUCGAGGUUAUGCAGACACCGCAAGAGGACCGAAGUAUGAUCAUGGGGACUAAUACCGAGCCCACCGUACGGAACUACAUUGAGCUCCAAGUUGUUGUUGCAGGCUAUGAACGAAUAGACCUGACCGAGUGGCUGAAGAUAACCCCUUUCAUGGGAGUGGCCCCUAAGGAAUAUCUCUCCCUGUUGGCACUCAAAGACCAUACCACCUGGCGAGAGCUCAUGACGGAUCUAGUCAACCUAGAGGCCAAGGACCUCGCCAGGCGGAAGAAGGCGCCCGCUGCAGGUGGGAAACCACAACGCAACCUGUUUGGAAGGAGCAACCAGCUUGCACUGCAUGAUCAUCGGGAGGCUAAAGAUCAGUCCUAUGCGGAUGAUCUGACUCUAGAUGACGAUCAAGAGCCGGACUUCGAUAUGGGUUGUUCCUCAUCAGCCAUUGAGUCCGACGUAAAUGAAGACGAAAAGCUUAAUGCUUUCAGAAAGACUGCUUCAAACAAGGGGCCGAACCAUGGUUCAGGCGAAGCUAAAGGCUAUCGCAGACGAGCGAGCGGCAAAGAUGAAGGAAGUGGAGGAGGAGAUGAAGAAAAGGAGAAGGUUGCUGAAGGAGAAGUGGCAGUAGAAGAAGAAGCGGCAGCAGAAGAAGAAAAGGAGAGGAUGAGGAUCGAGAGUGGAGAAGGGAGCAGUGGCGGCACGAUGAAGAGGGACGUGGAUGCAAACAUUGAGAAGAAGAUAAGUGAGUGGGUUGCUAAUUUAUCGUUGGGGGAAGACGAGGCGGCGGAGUCAUAUGUGACUGAGGAUGAGAAGGCCGCACUGACCGCUGAGCUAGCAGCCAUGACGGAUCCUAUGGAACGAAGAGAGAGGGAAGACGAGCAGAAGUUGCAAUGGAAGUUGAGAAUGAAGAGGGAGAAGAGAAGGAGGAGAGAAGAAGUGAAUAAGAUGACCGCAGUCGUGGCAAAGGUGCAGAAGUGUAGAGCGGAGGUGCUGGCCCAGCCAGAUGAUAAGGCCAAGUGGGACAAAGUACUGGGCUAUUUAGAGGUGUUGAGCAAGGCCUGGAUGGAGGAGCGCCAGGCAAUUUGGAGCCAGGAUGUAGCGUUGAGUGCCAUGCGGUCCGGUUUCAGGGAUUUUGCGCGCGAAAUCGUCACCCACAUUGGGGGGGAAGUUAAACAGUGGAGGGACAAUGUAGGAAAGUUCUGUGAAGGCGCCAUUGAAGGUGCAAAAGCCAUAGCCACUGUAGAUGGCGAGACCAGACCCCGUAAGGAGCCUGUCAAGCUCAAGUUCCCAGAUGCGUACGGGGGAAAGAAGGAGGAGAACUUUGACAACUGGGAGGCCAGUGUCAACAGUUGCAUUUAUUUGCAACAUAUCCUGAUAGAGGAGCAAGUCCUCGUGGCCUUCCAGGCCCUGAAGGACGAAGCGGCUAGCUUCGCCAGGUCCCUUGCGCGCGCAGCCGGUUGUGAAAACAACCUGGUUGCAUAUUCCAAAGUCACCCCCCUCUCUCAAUUCCUCAAGCUCCUUAAGGAGCGAUUUGCUGACCCAACGCGAGGCGUCAGAGCCUCAGAUAAGUUGCAGACAAUCCACUCACGGCAGUGGAGGAGUGCCAAUGCACUCAAGGGUACCAUGGACGACUUAGUAGCCGCCCUACGCGGGCAUUUCUUUGACAAGUCUCAGCAGGCCGGCAUCACUUACGAUGCAUUGAGUAGAGAAGUCGUCCUGUAUGAGUCGAAGUCUAUGCCAGUUACCACUUUCUGGCAUAAGGACCUGGAGAAGGGGAAGAAGUGGAAGGAUCGUACCAUCUCAGGCCAAGUCAAGGCCAAGGACCACUUGAUCCUGACAUUAGAGGAGGGUGGUACAGACGAGGUCCCAUAUGAUCAGAUUGAGUGGGGCCUAGGGGAGGAGGACAGUAGUGUAGGGCAAGGGAGGUCUUACGCUGCUGUCGCGGCUGGAGGGAGGCCGCAAGGUAGAGGAGGAGGCCAGGGCCAAAGGGGCCAGGCCAUGGGAGGCCGAGGAUCGGGCGCGCAGGGGGUUGGCGGCCAAGGAAACCGCCAAGCGGGAGGUGGGGGUCAAGGUCCCCCGCCAAAUCGCCAAGGUAAUCGGUCCCCACAGCGUAGAGGUGGAAGGGCACCUCAAGGAGGAUGGCACCCAGGCUUGCCACAAGGCAGACCGUGGGAAGAUCUGGGCUUGGACCAGCAAUUAUGGCAAGAACGCGUGAACAUGGAUGGCAUUAAGCCAGAGGACAGCAAGAUAGCGGCGAUUAGAGACUGGCCGACGCCCCGCACAUUGACAGAGUUGCGGUCGUUCCUAGGCUUAGCUAACUACUAUAGGAAGUUCGUGAGGAACUUCUCCACUAUCGCCGCACCCUUGCUCAGACUGCUGAAGAAAGAGGCAAUCUGGCAAUGGGACAAAGACUGUACGUCUACGCUCAAGAAGUUAAAGCGCGCGUUAAUAGAAUAUCCCGUCCUCAAAGUAGCAGAUUCGUCCUUGCCAUUUGUCGUUACCACGGACGCAAGUCAAUAUGGGAUAGGCGCCGUGUUGCAGCAAGACGACGGCAAUGGCUAUAGACCCGUAGAGUUCAUGUCAACGAGGAUGCCCUGUGAGAAGGUUGCUACCUCCACGUACGAGAGAGAACUCUACGCUCUCAGGCAGGCUUUAGACCAUUGGAAGCACUAUCUGCUUGGGAGGCACUUCAAAGUGUAUUCUAACCACGAGACACUUCGUUGGUUAAAGACACAGUCCAAGAUGACACCUAAGUUGACUAGGUGGGCCGUAGAGAUAGACCAAUUCGACUUUGAGCUCAAGCCAGUGAAGGGCAAAUACAACGUAGUUGCGGAUGCUCUGAGUAGGAGAUCAUACUACUUUGGAGCCGUAGUACACUAUCUGGAUAUAGGGAGAGACCUGCAGGAGAAAGUGAGGCAAGCAUAUGCGCAGGACCCUAUCUAUAGCGACCUCCUAAAGAGAGUUAGAGAGGCCCCAGAGACUGAACCAGAUUACCGCACUUCAGACGGGUUGCUGUUUGAGAAGACUAAUGUAUUUGACCGCGUGUGCGUCCCCAACAGGGAAGUGAUCCGCAGUUUAAUUUUAGGGGAAUGCCACAAUACUGAAGUUCAUUUCGGUUGGCAAAAGACACUAGCCAAUCUGAUGCGUGCGUAUACCUGGUCAGGGAUGAAGAAUGACUACAUAGAGUAUGUCCGCAGUUGUAAAGUGUGCCAGAGAAAUAAGUCUACUACACGCGCGCCCCUAGGUCUUCUCAGACCCUUGCCUAUUCUGGAUCAGCCGGGAGACUCCGUGUCCAUAGACUUCAUGGACACCCAAGUCAAGGGUAGACAUGGUAAGAGCCAAGUCAUGGUCGUAGUUGACAGCUUUAGCAAGUAUGCAGUUUUCGUUCCUUUGCCUGCAGAGGCACGUACCGACUUAGUUAUACAGAAGUCUUUUGACUUUUGGGUUAGUGAGAAUGGAAUCCCAUUGUCAAUAGUUAUUGAUAGAGAACUCAUGAGAGUUUACGGAUCUAAGUUGCAAAUGUCAUCUGGCCGUCACCCAGAGACUAACGGUCAGACAGAACAGAUGAACAAGAUCCUACAGCAAGUUUUGCGCAUGUACAUUAGACCAGAUCAGAUUAACUGGGAUGAGAUGUUGCCUAAGAAGUCCGGAGAAACGGACGAGGCCUAUCAGGCCCGGAUGCUGGCCUGGAGUACCGAAACCAAGAGACGGGCGGAUGACGUAGCAACCGCAGCGAAGAAGAAGGCAGAGGACGCCGAGAAGGCACGUCUGUUGGCAAUCGAACAGCAGCGCCAGCAAGACGAGGCAGCAACAAGGGCUGCCAAUGAAGAACGAAUUCAACGACGUGAGAAGAUAUUCGGGAGAGAGCGAGCCUUGCUCACAAUGGCAGCGGAAUGGCGGACAGAGGCCGAGAAUGGAAAGAUGAAGGAGAGUGAAAACAACAUCGCUCUACUCCUCUCCCAUCUCACAAACCUCCUAACCACGUGCAUUGCACACCAGGAGGACAUCCACAACCUCGACGGCAUGGUUCAGCAGCACAAACGGGCGUUAGAUAGCCGCCUCCAGCAGUUGGAACAAACCAUUGCCGCUCCCGUUGCCAGCUCCUCCAACACCUCCGAUCGCCUCGAGGCUUUGGAGAUUGACGUCGGAUCCCUCACGGACGGCGUGCAGUUACAGCACACCACGACGCAACAGUUGGAGCAGCGCAUCUGUGCUGCAGCCGCCAACCCAAGUUCGGGACUGCGGGAGUCAACUCCAAAGUUCGAUGGUCAAGAGAUCUUCUGCGAUUCGAUGAAGACGGACCCAAUUCCGUGGUUCCGCAAGUUUGAACUCACGUUGCAGCUCCAUCUCGUCAGCGAAUACAAGCACCACGCGUACUUAUACUCCAGUGGCGACUUAUCGUCUUCAAGUGGUUCUUCACGGGAUUCGGUGCGCGAGUUCAACAUGAAGGUAUUGGACCCACUCACGUCCGGGGAUUUCGCAUGGCUUCCUCUCCCGACCACGGGCCGCUUGCCGGGACCGCAAUGCGCAACACUAUGCGCUCAUCUUCACACGUACUUAUCCUUCUAUGCACCUCCAACUUCGCUGACGGAUGACGAAGUCGCGGUGGGGGACAUCCUUGCGUAUGUUACCAAGGUGGCCUGCGAGUUUCGCAAUCAGCGGUACGACGACAACAACGCACCGCUCAUCUAUGUCCGCAUCCAAGUGGGGCAAGCGUCCUUCAGCGCGUCUCGCAACUUUAUGAGCCAAGCCUUUAUGCAAAGGGUUGGCCUUGGUGCACAAGUUCGGAGGAAGGCAAGCUCGACGGCGAUCAAGUUGGUGGACGAAAGGACGCAACAGCUUAUUGACCGCUACAUCGACGCCGUACCGUUCGCCGACAUCUUCGAGUUACCUACCGGUGUGGUGCCGGAUCGGCCGAUCUCUCACGAGAUCAUUCUUGAGGCCGGUGCCGUGUCGUCGAAAGGUUGCAUUUAUCGCAUGAGCGAGGAGGAGCUUACGGUCCUGCGCGCGCAACUCGAUGACUUGUUGGACAAGGGUUGGAUCCGCCCUAGUAGCUCACCAUACGGUGCGCCAGUUCUCUUCGUACGGAAAAAGAAGAAGGAUCUACGUUUAUGCAUCGACUACCGCAAGCUCAAUGCGCAAACCGUCAAGAAUGUGGGGCCGCUUCCUCGCAUCGACGAUCUUCUUGAGCGAUUGGGCGGCACAAAGUAUUUUUCUAAGUUGGAUUUAAAGUCGGGAUAUCAUCAAAUCUCGAUCCGGCCGAACGAUUGCUACAAAUCCGUGUUCAAGACACGGUACGGGCAUUUUGAGUGGGUGGUUAUGCCUUUUGGCCUCAGCAACGCCCUGGCGACCUUCCAAGCGGCAAUGACCAACGAGUUUCGUACGAUGUUGGACCGGUUCGUGCUGGUCUACUUAGACGACAUUCUCGUCUAUAGCCGGUCAUUAGAGGAUCAUCUUGAGCACCUUCGACGAGUGUUGGAAACGCUCCGCCGCGCCAAGUACAAGGCCAACCGCGACAAGUGCGAAUUUGUCCAGCAAGAGCUGGAAUACUUGGGCCAUUUUGUCACACUGGAGGGCAUCAGUCCGCUAUUGGACAAGAUUCAAGCCAUCCAAGAGUGGCCGGAGCCACGAAACGUCACGGAGGUCUGUUCGUUCCUUGGCCUGGCCAGCUACUACCAGCGUUUUAUCAAAGGAUACUCGAAGAUCGCGGCCCACUUGACCAAGCUUCAAUGCGAGGAUCGGCCGUUUGACUUCGGAGAGGAGGCGCGGGAAUCAUUUUUGGCUCUCAAAGUCGCGCUGUUAUCUGCGGAGGUCUUGCGCAUAUACGACCCGCUUUUGCCUACUUGCGUCACUACGGAUGCGUCCGGCUAUGGCAUUGGUGCCGUCCUCGAGCAACACGAUGGCAAGGAGCUCCUCGCCUUCGUCCACGCGCUUAAGCGGUGGCGGCACUUCCUUCUUGGUGGAAGCCAAUUCCGAUGGGUAACGGACAACAAUCUGUUGGUCUUUUACAAGACCCAAGACACUGUCAACAGCACCAUCGCUCGAUGGAUGGCUUUCAUCGACCAAUUUGACUUCUUUCCCGGUCACAUUCCGGGGAAGUCGAACCGUUUUGCGGAUGCUCUUUCACGGCGUCCGGAUCAUUGUACCGUGGUCUACUCAACCUUUGAGAUCGACGACGACCUGCGGGACAGCUUCAUCCGCGACUACCUAGCCGACCCCGAGUUUCGCGACAAGUACGCGAAUUGCUCCUCUCCCAAUCCGGCGCCUUCUCACUACCGGAUCCAAGAGGGGUACUUGCUUGUCCACACACGGGGGAAGGACCUUCUUUGCGUACCCAGUGACCCUCACUUGCGUACACGGCUUCUUGGCGAGUUCCACGAUGCUCCAGCCACCGGACACUUUGGAGUCAAUCGCACGAUUGGCCGACGUCGCGAGCGAUUUUGGUGGCCCGGCCUUCUCGGCGACGUCACACGCUAUUGCGAGUCAUGCAAGGUUUGCGGACGUUGUAAAUCCCGCAACCAUCGUCCGUACAACGAGUUGCGAACGUUACCGGUCCCCUUGCGGCGAAGGGAAGCAAUUGCCAUGGACAUUAUCGGCCCAUUCCCCAAGCACAAGACCGGAGUGGAUGGGAUUCUCACGGUGGUCGACCAACUCACCAAGUUCACCAUGUUCUUGCCUUGCGGCUAUCAUGCCAAGGCACUGGAGUUGGCCGAGGUGAGUGAUGAUGUGCUGUUGGAUGGGUAUUAUUCUGCCGGUAUGGACUUUCAGUGGUCAAGAGAUCCGUGCAGCAAGCCAGAACAAUUAUUAGAUAAGGAGCUGGACACGUAUCUCCGCUCACAAUUGGAGGUGUGAUACUUUCUCUGCUCCCUUUCCAGCUCUCCCCCCCCCCCCCCCCCCCCCCCCCUCUCUCCAACUAUUAUUCUUAUUGUCACUAAUUAGAACCAUUACCCUUAUAC